AUGGCGAACAGCAGCAGCGGCACUCGGGUUAUUCUUCGUGUGUAUGACAUCAGCAGAGGCCUGGCCUCUCGUUUAGCUCCCAUGCUGCUCGGUCGACCACUUGAAGGAGUUUGGCACAGCGGAAUUCAAUUGGGUGAUCUUGAAUAUUUCUAUGGAGGAGGAGUAGUCCGCAUGCGUCCUUAUGAGAUAGAAUCUAUGUACGGUAUGUCUCCAAAUAAAAUUGAGGAACUUGGUGUCACACAUAAAACUAACCAAGAAAUACAGACGUUUUUAACAAGUAUUUCUCCUCGUUUUACGGCUGAGACUUAUGAUUUGCUGCACAACAACUGCAACCACUUCACACAAGAGUUUUGCCGUUUUUUAUUGGGUCGGGAUAUUCCUGAUUAUAUAGUGCAGCAAGUAGAGAGGAUAGCAGAGACACCUGUUGGUCGUAUGCUGCUGCCGAUGCUGCAGCAGCAGCAGCAGCAAGUGCAGCAAGCAGCCUUAGCAUCUGGUCAAACAACUUUAUGGACAGCAGCGCAGUUUGCUGGCAAUCAGCAGCAGCAGCAGCAGCAACAGCAGCAGCAGCAGCAGCAGCAGCAGCAAGAAUGGCCUGCAGCAACAACUCCCUUUACGGAUAUGCUACGACGUACAUGUACAGCAGCAGAUAUAAACAGCAGCAGCAAAUUAUUAUUUUUAUUAACAAUAAAAACAAUAAUAAAUAAUAUAAAUAAAAAUAAAAAAGAACUGCAGCAAAAGCAUUUGCUGCUCAGCAGCAGCAACGAGAUACUGCAGCAAAAGGUACUACGCAUGCCUACAGGGAAGGAGGCACUUAAGCUUAUUGGAUUCGAUGUCACACCAGCAGCAGCAGCAGCAGCAGCAGCAGCAGCAGCAAAUGGAACAACAGCAGCAAAUGGAACAACAGCAGCAAAUGGAACAGCAGCAGCAGCAGCAAAUGGAACAGCAGCAGCAGCAGCAGCAGCAGCAGCAGCAGAGGAGCAGUACCGUUUCUCUCUUUAUGAUACACAAGAAGAAGAAGUUGUUAGGCAGCAACUGCAGCAGCACAUAAAAGAUAUUGAUGCAUUUAUUGCUGUACUCUCUCCUCCAUCUAGUUCAGCAGCAGCAGCAGCAGCAGCAGGAGCAGCAGCAAGACCUGCUGCUCCUGCAGCAGCAGGAGCUCCUGCCAUAGCAGCAGCACUCUCGGCAGCACAGCAGCAGCAGCAGCAGCAGCAGCAGCAGCAGCCUGAGCAGCAAUUUCGAUUUCAGCUGCAGCAACUUGAGGCUAUGGGAUUCACAGACAGACAAAGAAAUCUCUCGGUGUUGGAGGCUGUGAAGGGAAAUAUAAAUGCUGCGAUUGAUAUGCUCAUUGGCUAA